AUGUUACCGCAAGGAAGAACGCAGAGUGAUAUUUGGUACCAUUUUUCCAAGGAAGACGGUAAAGGUUUAUGUCGGUACUGCAAAGCCCGUGUCGCUAUGUCUGCGGGAUCUGUAAGCAACUUAAAGAGGCACCUUAAAACGAAGCACCCCAUGAUUCCUCUGAAAAGAGUAGAUGGUGCAUCGAAAGAGCAGACGGAGCCACGUUCUGAACCCGCAGCAGAAACUGUUGAAACUUCAGGUGAUGUACAAACUCAACCUCUUCCCAGCAAUCAAGACCGAAAAUCUGCAACGACAUCCGACACUAGUACCUCUGGGUCAAACUUUACGCGGUUCAUCCCGCAGUCUUCGAUGACACAAUUCGUCGAGAUCGUUAAACCGAUAUCACCUCACAAACGCCGGCUUAUUGACAUCCAGCUAUUAAAAAUGAUUUGUAAGGAAUUCCAUCCUUUUUCAAUUGUUGAGGAUGAGGAAUUCAAGAAGUUUAUACAUCUUCUUAAUCCGUCCUACACACUUCCAAGCAGCAAAACUUUGUCUAAUGGGCUUAUGCUUGCUACUUAUAAUGAGUUGGUAGCAAAAGUAAAAUCAGAGGUGCUGGAAGCUCCGGCUGUCUGUGUAACUUGUGACGGUUGGACCAGCAUGACCAACACUGGUUUUUAUGCACUCACUGCACAUUUUAUUGAUAAAAAUGGUACGUUAAAAUCAUACCUGCUGGAGUGCUCAGAGUUCACGCCAAGGCAUACCGGUGAGAAUAUAGCGAAGUGGGUGAGUGAUGUGCUUCGUAUGUUUGGGAUUGAAAGUAAAACGAUUGUAAUUGUUACUGAUAACGCUUCCAAUAUGAAGUCAGCAGCAAAAAUAUUGAACAUGAGACAGCUGGGCUGCUUUGCACAUUCCUUGAGCUUAGUUGUGCAGAGCGCGAUUAAAAACUCCAUACAACAAGUUGUCGAUAAGUGCAAGACUAUAAUUAAAUUUUUCAAAAAAAGUAGCCAUGCUGCCUCAAAACUGACCGAAAUGCAGGAAAAGCUUGGUAAACCGACUCUAAGACUAAAGCAGGAUGUUCCAACGAGGUGGAACUCUACAUUUUAUAUGUUAGAGCGAAUGAUGGUGAAUAAAGAGUCUGUAAUUUCAACAUUGGCCUUACUGGAUCCGAAACGCUGUACGCUGAAGACUGGGAAAUCAUCGAGUCAAGCAUGGACAUUCUUCGUACUUUCAAUGAAGUAA